AUGUCUAUCACUUUAUUAUUCUUAUUGUUAUUCUUUUUUAUUUUAAAUGUAUUAUUUGUUAAAUGUAUACAAAAAAAUGGAGGAGGAAGUGGUGGUGGAGGUGGAGGAGGAUUGUCACUUUGGAUAGAUUCGCAACAAGUUAAAAUGUUUAGUGGGCAUUUUAUAGGUGAAAUACACGUGAUCGAUGGCGGAUACGUACUACCAUACAUAUUAGAUCCAAAUUUUGAAAAAUAUUUACCAGUUAUACCAUCAGAAGUUAAUUCAGUUAAUUUUACAUGGAGAUCAGGUUCAAAAAAAUAUUUUUAUCAUUUUGACAUAUUGAAAACUUUAGAUGAAUCAAUAUUAGAAUCACCACAAAUAUCUAUUAAAACGAGGGGUAAAAUUCCAAAAAGACCCAAAGUUUUUAGCGUUUAUCUUCCAUGUUCUGGUAAUAGAUCCGGUAUAGCUCCAUUUGAAGUUGGUCUUUUGAUUGAAACGAGAAAAGGAAAACCUUUGGUAGGAACACCUCUUCGUUUGAAACUACGAAAAGAAUGUGCGCCUAGAGGGCCAGACCCCGAGUGUGAUAAAAAAUGUGCCAAUGGUGGUUGGUGCAAUCACGAGAAGAUUUGUCAGUGCCCUGAAGGUUACAUGGGACAAUACUGCAAAACAGCUCUUUGUUAUCCACAAUGUAUGAAUGGUGGAAAUUGCACUGCCCCCGGAAUUUGCAGUUGUCCCACGGGUUAUCAAGGACGUCAUUGCGAAGGAGGUAAGGAGGUUAAUUAUUAA